AUGGACUUAUCUACAAAUCCGUCCACCUUGAUUAAUAAAAUGAUUCGAUUAUAUUGUAUUGAAGACAGGAUUUUCAGUGGGUUCUUAUACACUGUAGACCCAAAGACAGGGAACUAUGUGUUAUUUUCACAAAUGAAUGGAAAAUACCGACCAACUAUUGUCCGCUGUGAAGUAGUUGAGAGGGUAGAAAUACUUGGUGAUGAAAUCCCAUCCGAGUUAAUAAAAAUUUUUGAUUCUUUCACAUCAAUUGACAAAUGUUCAUUGAAUACAAGUGAAGAAAUGCGAACAACAUCUUCGGCGAUCAAAACGUUAACAUCAGAUGAAUUAAGUUGUCGACGUGAGAAAAUCAUUAAACUAUUUUCUUUAAAUCAUCUAAAUGAAGUAAGUGUAAAUGAUCGAGAGGAAGUGGUUAUUCAUAAUGUGGUAUUUAUUAAGCCGCCAUACAAUAUCGACUGUUGUUCUGGUAAAAAUAUGAUUAUAUUGGAUCGUGUCAAAAAUUUAAUCGGUAAAUUAGAAGAGGAUAGAAACAAUCCAGUCGAAUAA